AUGACUACCCCAAACAAGACACCACCUGGUGCUGAUCCUAAGCAGCUGGAGAGGACUGGAACUGUUAGAGAAAUAGGCUCACAAGCAGUUUGGUCCCUUUCAUCCUGUAAGCCAGGGUUUGGAGUGGAUCAGUUACGAGAUGACAAUCUAGAAACUUACUGGCAGUCAGAUGGAUCACAGCCUCACUUGGUGAACAUCCAAUUUAGGCGAAAAACAACAGUGAAGACUUUGUGUAUUUAUGCAGACUACAAGUCUGAUGAGAGUUACACUCCGAGCAAGAUCUCCGUCCGAGUAGGAAACAAUUUCCAUAAUCUCCAAGAAAUCCGGCAACUGGAAUUAGUCGAACCAAGUGGAUGGAUCCAUGUUCCUCUAACAGAUACUCACAAAAAGCCUAUUCGCACGUUUAUGAUCCAGAUUGCUGUCCUGGCCAAUCACCAGAAUGGAAGGGACACUCACAUGAGGCAAAUCAAAGUGUACACCCCGGUGGAAGAGAGCUCAAUUGGUAAAUUCCCUAGAUGUACCACAAUUGAUUUCAUGAUGUAUCGCUCCAUAAGAUGA